AUCAAUCAAGACUGGCACGGGGCGUUAGAGCAUGCGCACAAUUGUUACCGUGAGUGAUGGCUGGAAAGAAACGUUCGUGUCUGACUUCUAAAGGCGGGUAUUAGAAGAGGACAUCUUGCAGUUCUGAAACUGGAACCAAAUAUCACAUCAGGAUCCUAAUUUAUUGUAACCUUAACAUCAGUGGACUGUGAACAUGGAAGGAAGCAGCACCAUUCCCACUGGGGAUAAACUGUACACAUGUUAUGUGUGUGGACAAGGACUCAGACAAUCAUUUGACCAGUCCAAACAUAAAUGCGGUCACACUGGGAAAAAACCAUGGAAAUGUGAGGACUGUGGAAAGGGUUUCAAAUCCCCAUCCCAGCUGGAAAUUCAUCGGCGCAGCCAUACAGGAGUCAGGCCGUUUUCCUGUUCUCACUGUGGAAAGGGAUUCACUCAGUUAUCCAACCUUCUGACACACCAGCGAGUUCACACUGGGGAGAGACCAUUCCACUGUUCCAAGUGUGGGAAGGGAUUCGCUACAACAUUUGAAUUGAUGAGACAUCAGCAAGUUCACACAGAUGAGAGAGCUUUUAAAUGCGCAGACUGUGGGAAGUGCUACAAAAGGUCAGGGGAACUGAUGUCCCAUCAACGUGUUCAUACAGAUGAGAGACCAUUCAGAUGUUCUCACUGUGGGACUGGGUUCAGGCGAUCAUCUCAACUCACACUACACCUGCGAAUUCACACUGGGGAGAAGCCAUUCACGUGCCCUGAGUGUGGGAAGGGAUUCUCUCGCUCUUCCACCCUAGUCACACACCAGCGAGUUCACUCUGAGGAGAGACCUUUUAAGUGUCCUAACUGUGCAAAGUGCUUUAAAAGUUCCAGGGAGUUAAUGCGCCAUCAAAAUGUUCACACUGACAAGAGGAAUUUUAGAUGCCCAGACUGUGGGAAAUGCUAUAAAAAUUCCUGGGAUUUGACAUUACAUCGACGUGCUCACACUGACGAGAGACCAUUUAAGUGCUCUCACUGCGGGACUGGGUUCAGGCGAUCAUCGCAGCUCACUGAACACCAGCGAAUUCACACUGGGGAGAGACCAUUCACCUGCUCCAAGUGUGACAAGGGAUUCUCUACCUUAUCUGAAUUGAAGAGACAUCAACGAGCUCACACUGAUGAGAGACCUUUUAAGUGCCCAGAGUGUGGGAAGUGUUUUAAAAGGCCUGGAGACCUGAGGUCCCACCAACGUGUUCACACCAUUGAGAGGCCAUUCAUGUGCUGACUUCAGGUGUGGGACUGACUUCAGGCGAUCAUCUGACCUCACUGUACACAAGGAAAUUCAUGCUAGGGUAAGACUGUCCAUAUCUAUUCAGAGUGGGAAGUCACUCAGCCUGUCAUCCCUUCUUCAAAGAUCCCUGGGUGUUCAUACUGGGGAGAAGGCAUUUACAAAGUUGUCAUUGAAAUACACACCAGGGAGCGACCAUUCAGCUGUUAUGAACGUGGAAAGGAAUUCACUCAGCGUUCCAACCUCCUGAGACACAAGUGAAUCCACAAGUAACUGCAGUGAUUGGAUUUUGUUCAUUUGCAGAUGUCUAGGGUUGGAAUUGAUAAGGUGAGAUAUCAGGCUAAUGUGAAGAAAAUUCAUAGUAUAUUUCUGUUGGUUGCAAACUUAAGUUUUAAAAUUGAGAAUUGAUGUAAAAGCUGUGUUGUCUACUUGUCAAUGUAUUUCAGUUUUGUGUAAAAGAAGGGAUGACAUCAUUUUCAGUUUCAUUGGUGAUGUUUUCUGUCUGGAGAUAGUAUAACCUGUAGUAUAUUUUCUUUAAUUGUACUGGAAAAAUAAUCUUUAAAACCCUUGAGGUUAACAGUUUAUUGCAUUAAGAAAAAUGGUUGAAGAGAAAAGUACUGUAUAGUUGCCAAGAAUCUCUAGCAAUAAUACAAGUCAUUGAGAACAGUCAUAUGUAUAGGUCUAUUGAGUGAGAGAGAGAGAGAGAGAAAUGGCCUGUAGAAACAGAUAUGCUGUUACUACCUGUCUCCAAAGCAGUCAGAGCUGUGGGAAAACAUGCUGAGUUGUUUAAGGACCAAACAAACUGACGGUCAGUGAGUGACUUUUCUGUCAGUGAAAACUGGGCAGUGAAGGCUUAAGUGCUCAGCAAUCCUGAAAGAAAUUUUUAAAAUGGUGUAAAGUCGGUCAGAAGAUAAUUGUAUGGUAAGACCAUGUGUUUGAUUAAAGUAUUCCGAAGUCAGUGAGAAAUCAAUUGUAGCUGUGUGCAGUGAACAUUUGGUGUGCACCAUUCAGUGAUGUUUGAAUGUCUGUAAGGUUGCUAUGAGAGUAAAAACUAUUCUUGCUAUCAUCUAUAGAGUGAUACAGCAUGGAAACAGACUCUUUGAUCCAACUUGUCCAUGCCAAUCAGAUGUCCUAAUCUGAUGUCCCAUUUGCCAGAAUUUGGCCCAUAUCUCUCUAUUCAUAUACCCAUCCAGAAGCCUUUUAAAUGUUGUAAUUGUAUUCGCCUCAAUCACUUCCUCUGGCAGCUUGUUCUAUAGUUAUCCCCCUCAGGUCUUUUAAAUCUUUCCCUUCCCACCUGAAAUGUAGACCCUCUAGUUUUGUACUCCCCCACUCUCAGGGAGGAAAAGAAACCUUGGCUAUUCAACCUAUCCAUGCCCCUCAUGAUUUUAUACACACCUCUAUAAGUCACCCCUCAGCAUUCGAUACUCCAGAGAAAAUAGUGCCAGCCUCUUCAGCCUCCCCCAAAAACUCAAACUCAAACCCUCCAGUUGUGACAACAUUGUUCUAAAUAUUUUGUGCUAAUUCUCCAGUUUAACAAUAUCUUUGUCACAGAAGGGCGAUCAGAAUUGUACGCAAUAUUCUAAGACUGGCCUCACUAAUGUUCCGUAUAGCCGCAACCUUUCGUCCCAACGCCUAUACUCACUGGUCUGGCCAAUGAAGGUUAGCAGGCCAAAUAUCAUCUUCACAUUUUGUCUAGCUGCGACUCCACUUUCAAGGAACUGUGCAGCGACACCCCUAGGUCUCCUAGUUCAGCAACAAUCACAAAGGCCCUAUCAUGAACUGGAUAAGUCCUACCCUGGUUUGCCUUACCAAAGACAAACGUAAGGUGUUGUAUUAAGGUAAAGUCCAUUUGCCAUUCCUCAGCCCAUUGUCAGCUAUAAAUAAUGAAGAAACAUUACCUAAAUGGUGAAGUUGUAGAGUGCUGAGAUGCAGAGAAAUUGGGGUGUCCAAGUGCCACAAAUCGCAGAAGGUUAAUCUGUGUAUGUAAGUAAUCAGGAUUGAUACUGUCCUACUUUAUUCUGAGUGGAAUUGAAUGCAACGGUAGGGAGGUCAUACUUGAAUUAUGCAGGCUGUUGGUAAGACCGCAUGUGGAGGGCCGUAUACAGUACGGGCCACCGUAUUUGCGUUAAUAUUUUGGAAGUGGAGUAGGUUUACCAGACUAAUACUUGGAAUGAACAGAUUGCCUUAGGAGGAGAAUCUAGACAGGCCAAGCCUGUAUGCUGUAGAGUUCAAAAGAAUCAGAUGACUUUAUGAAAGCACAUAGGAUCCUGUGGGGACUUGAUCAAGUGUAGGUGGAAGAGAUGGUUCCUCUAGAAUAAGUGGUCAUCAUUUAAAACUAAUGAGGUUGCUCAUUUAGGACAGAGUUGAGGUAAUUUCUUCUCUGACGGAGACUGCUUCUGAUUCAGAUCCACCAUCAUAGGAUUAGAAUCCAUGUGGACCACUUGUUCUCCGGUGCUGGAUGCACGUGCAACCGUCCAGCCCUAAAUCGUCUUAAUUUCUAAAACCAUAACUUUCCUUUGUAGAAUUAAUGAUGACAAGAUUUAUAACUGUCAUAAAUAAUCACUGAUGAAAGGAGAAUAAUUUUGCGUAAAAUUUAUCCAAAUAUCAGCCUUAAAUUUUACCUAAAACCUGGAAAAAAUUCUCAGUACAGGCAUCUCUCACUUGCAUUCAUAGCAAGUGUAUUGUUACAGUAUAAUUUGCACUUGGAAAGAUGUUGGAGGACAGCCAGUGAGGUACCUUUUAUUCAAGAACUCAGCAAGGAAUCAAUCACGAAACUCUAGGCCAGUCAUUCUAAUCUCAGCGUUGGAGAAACUAUUUGAAUAAAUCCUGAAGGACAGAAUUAUUCUGCUUUUGGUGGGUGUGGCACAAAAGUAAAACAGAAAAAAUGGCUAGUGAAUGGGCAGUACCAUUCUGCAAAAUGUGCUGGGGAACUGCUGGGAUUAAAAGACGAUAAAUCUUCAGGGUCCUACAGUCUACAUCCCAGAGUUCAUAAGGAAGUGGCUCUAGAAAUAGUGUUUGCACUGCUGAACAUUCUGCUCUGAAGCUGGUGAGUUACACUGACCAGGCCUGUGGUGUACCCAACAGGUAAACUUUUGAGUGCUUCACCCUAUUCAGGGAUACAAUUGCCUCAAUAAAGAGCUGGAAGUGGUCACCUGCCUCAUCAGCCUGGACCAGAAGGUCAUCUCAGAAUAUGUCAUCUACAUGAUGAGUGUGUUCUCCAAAAUGAACUUCGAAGAGGAAAUCUGUACUUGGAUACAACUGCUCUGCAACAAACAUUAGUUGUCCAGUUUCAAUCUGGGCGGCGGCAGGGGAGAAGGGGAUCCAAAGCUUUAUGAUCAAAUCAAAAGUGAGGCAGGCCUCCUUCUGUACUGCUGGGAGUUGCAGAGAAAUCUGGAGUCCAAGUGCACAAAUUACUGAAGGUUAAUAUGUAGAUAUAGUAAGAAAUCAGGAAGGCUAAUAGUGUUAUGUUUUAUUGUGAGGGGAACUAAAUGCAAGAGUAGGGAGGUUAUGCUCCAGUUAUACUGGAUGUUUGUAAGACCACAUUUUGAAGUGCUAUGUAUGGUACUGGUCACCAUACCUAUGUUAAUAUGUUGCAAGCAGAGUAGGUUUAUUUGACUGAUACUUGGAAUGACUGGAUUGCCUUAUGAGAAAAGGUUAGGCUGGCAGUAUCCUGAGGUACCAGCACUCUCAUCAGCUUCUAAAAUGGAACAAUGGUUAGUGUGCGGGAUCCCUGAAGUACCCACGUGUUCUUUCUGAACUCUCUCGGAUCACCCAUUCCCUCCUUUCCUUUAGUCCCUGAGGUGCUGUAUGACUGAGCUUUCUAAAUGUGCCAUCCAUGUAACUUUCAGCCUCGUGGAUAUGCUACAGUGUCUCCAACUACUGCUAGAGUUCUGAAACCCAGAGCUCUAGUUUCUGCAGUUGGGAGCACUUUCUGCUCGUGGUCAUUUCAAAACUUGCAGCAUCCGGGACUCCCCACAUGUGACAAGCCUGGCUGGCUUCUCCUAACAUCACUUAAAUUAGCAAUUAUCACCUUUAGACUAGAUUUGUUAGACUUUGUUCGACUUCCUACUCUGCCUCUAAAGUUACAAAAAAGUUAACUGUAUCUAAGUUUCCACUGCUCUAAAUCUGUAAAAUGAGAAAGGAUUAAACAGUAAUUGUCAGAUGGCCAGUAGUCCACCAGUGUUUUUCCCAUUUUGAAGCUAUGACAUCAACAGACUGUCGUGGAGUUUCCUCAGUUUACCUGUUACUACUUCCAUCCCCGCAUCCUGGUCGCUGUGGACGCUACCACUCUAAGCCAAGCACCCUGCAAAGACCAGGCCUGAACUGCACCCACAGUAUUUUGAAUAAUUUUAUGUUGUGUAACAUAGUUCAUGUUUUUAUUUCCUGUGUGUACAACAAACUUUUUGUUUUUAUUUUGUUAAAGGUUCAAAUGGCAGCCUCUUUGUUGUUAUUAUAUUCAGAGACUGACCAUCACAGUAAACACACAGCAAAAAUAAAACUUUAUAGUCCAGCAAGUCAGGUUUCACUGUGGCAUAUUGAUUUUGUCCAGUUUUAUCGUCAGCUGAGAUAAAAAAGUGGAGGCUCUCUUUGUAGUGAAAUUUGCUGAAUUUAAGACUGGGGUCUGUGAACUUUUGAAAUGAAAUCCUGGAGGUGUUGAGCAUAAAGAGAAAACAACAGAAGUGGUUGUGACCUGUAUUCCACAGGUCUGAAUUUCAACCUACCUGUUGGUUUCUAAGAUUUUCUGAGAGUAGGAAAUUGUAACUAUGAAUUAUAUGAAAUCUUUGUCUAAAGUUAAACUGAGACAGCUAGCAAAUAAACUGAAGAAUGAAAUAAAAACUAGUAUUGUCAGGAGGAGACUGUUGAAGUGCCUCACCAACAUUUGGAAUUAAAAGGGGGAAUUCUGAAAUUGAUGUCAUUGACAGAAUUUAUCUAAGAUUCUGUUCAAUUUUUUUUAAAUCAGAAAAAAGGAAAUGAGAAGGGAGGAGAAAGAAAAAUAAAUUGAACAAGUAGAGAACUAAAAGAAAUUUAGCAAUGGUAAAGAACUAGAGGAAAAAGAAAGGCGAGCUGGAAAUAAAGCUUGAAAUAAUGUUAGGGUAGAAUUGUUCAGAUUGGAGAUGUCUUGUCAGUUAAAUUGCGUUAACCUUUCACUUCCAAUGUCUUACUGAUGAGGCAGAACAGCAGCAGAAAGUAAGUAAAGGAAGCAAACCCUGUCCUUUGUACCCACUAUUCCAUGGGACCUCCUGCUCCAUGUGUCCAAAACUCAGUGGCUCUGUUAACUACAUGAAGACUCGGCAGAAACUCAUAACCCUGAGUGGAUUUCAAUUUUUGAAUCAAAGGUUUGCUUACCACAAUGAAGGGCAAUGUGCAGCAGGAAGCAUGUGUGUUCAUCCUGGGCCAGGAGGAGAUGAUUUUGUGGACUGGCCGUGAUGGAUUAUGGAAACUGUUGCAGCCAGUUAGAAGGGGAGGAAUUACACAAGCAAACUCAAACCAAGUAAAAAGUUUUGUCUCUCUGGAUUACUAUCCAGGAUUGUGAGGGACUUAAGAAAAUCUUUUGACAAGAGAGAGCAUUUAUACACACAACCUGAGAUUACAAGAAAUGUUUGUUUAUUCUGAAUUUUUAUCCAGGAUUGACAUUGAAGAAUUUCGUAAACUUUGUUUACAGGAUACUGGAAGAUGAUUUGCA